UGCCCUGUGAGUGCUGGAGGCCACAAAGUAAGUGCGGUAGAUUUAUAAUGUGCAGUAAAAUAAAUACCUGGAGUGUUUGUUUAGCGUACACAUGCGAAUGACUAGCUAUUUUUUGUUUCUCUUUUGCAUAUCCACAUUUUGCAUAAGUAAUGUAACACAGAGGUUUCUGUAUCCUGACCUACCUACAUAGAUUCUGUCAUCUGCAUGUGAGUGGGUGUUAUUUUAGGGAGGAUGGUGAAGAGCAGGGAGAGGGAGAAGGAGAGAGAGAUGAGAAAUGCAGGGAGUGAGAGACCUUAUAAAACAACACAGCUGAAGAGACAGGCAUUCUAAUUCCAGAGGAACGCAACACGUUACUGCCACGGCCAGCAUGACCGAUCAGACCAGAGUGGUCCAUGUGGUUUUACCUGACAAGAAACAACUCGACAUCACUGUGGGGUUGAAAAGCAGGGGGCACGACAUAAUCAACCAGCUAUCUCAGCAACUUGGCAUUAAACAACUCAAUCUCUUUGGCCUGUGUCUAGAGAACGAUAAUGACCACAUGUUCCUGGACCUGGAGACGAAACUAAGCACAUACUUUCCUAAAACAUGGAAGCACAACACAUUAGAGGUAAUGCCAAAGGAGAGAACAGUCCUACAUCUGAAAGUACAGUACUACGUAGGAAAUGGUCGACUCAUUGAAGAGGAGAAGGUGCGCAGUCUGUACUAUGCUGAACUGAAGGGGCAAGUCUUAAGGUCGCGGUGUUACUGGCAGGAGGGCCUGUAUUUCCAGCUGGCUGCAUACGCAUUACAGGCUGACCUGGGAGACUGGAGAGAGGGGCAAGGAUCUUACUUCAGUCCACAUGACUACUUUCCUCCUUGGAUUUUGACAAAGCGUGGACAUGACUAUGUUGUGCAACACAUUCCUGCCCUGCACAGAGAGCUGCGGGGAGUGUGUGUGUGUGAUGCUGUGCUGCUCUUCAUCCAGGAAGCAUGUAAAAUGAGUGAUGUACCUGUUAUCUUCUACACCAUGAACAAGGGAAAAAAGGAACAAAAAGCCAGUCUGUUAAUGGGCCUAACUUUGAGUGGUCUGCAUGUGUAUAAGAUGGUCAGUGGUGAACAGCAGCUUUUAUAUGAAUUUGUCUGGUCAAGCAUAGAUCACAUUACCUUCCAGGGAAGAAGGUUUGAGAUCAGGUCAGAUGUUCUGGCUGGGUCAAAGCUGGUGUUGUACACUCGCUCUACUCUUCACUCUCAACACCUGCUAAAGCACAUGAGCAACAGUCAUCGCUUACACCUCAACACAAAGCUCCCAGUCAAAGAGCUGCAGCUGUCCAAGAGCAAAGCAGGGGUAAGACACUACAGAGAAGUGUAUAUCAGAGACAAAACUAAUCUAGACACAGAGGACAGUGAGGACGAGCUUCCGCCAAUGAAAUUCCACCUGGACAAAGCCAGGCAACUCCAAGCUAAACUUGCAGAGCCUGUCUCAAGCACCAGUGAGAACCAGCUGUGGGGUAUUUCCAGUAAAGGAAACCGCAAGAAAGCAGGUGCAGCCUCGGCUAACUCAGAUGAGACUGAGCUGUGUGUCGAUGAGCCGGAGGAGAUGUUUGUUGAUGACCCUGAAGAGAUCAUAGGCUUGACUGAGCUGCUGGAAGGAGUGUCUGUAGAUGGUCCAUUAAUGCCUGUUUCUCAGUGGAUUGAUAUCACAAUGGAAAUGAAACAAGUUUUAAAGUGGAAAGCGUGCACCGUUUCUCUGGACUGGGAUAGUACAGCAAACCUUCACCUUUCACAGUCAGUCAGCUGUCCUGCAGAAGAUAGCAGCACUCACCUAACAAACCACCACACACCAGAGAGAGGCAACAAGUACCAGAUGUACAGACAGAGCAACACAAACCUAUAUGCUGCUCGUGCAACAUUGUACCCUCUUCCCCUCUCUGAGAGUGGGUGGGGAGUGGAUGGAUGGGUGGAGCGAAGAAGGGCAUUUGUCUCAUUCUUUUAUUAGCAGUCAUUUCUCACUCUUCCUCUGACACAGCCGAAAGCCAGCAAACACGGUGAGCGAUUUGACGAUGCCAGAGAUUGUCCUUGGGUUAGCCUUUCUCCUGCUUUGUACCAGCGUUUUCCAAAUCGGUUCGUCAGAAAGCUGCAAACUCAAAGUGAAGAUGCUGAAUAACACGGAGGACCAAAUCUCAUGCUUCAACAAAAUGCAUGGAGAAGAAUGUGCGAUCGGUCACUCAACCAGCUACUGUAACAUCGAGAAAAAAAACGGACAGACUUGCAUCAAAUGGUCUGAUGCUGAUAUGACGUGCAUGAAAACAGAUCAAGAGUUUUCAAAAGUCUCUCUUGAGAAUAGAAGAUGCGCUCAAGAUCAAGAAAGUUUGGACUGCAUCAGAGAGUUUACAAACCUCGGUUAUGCACGGAAUAAUGCGGCACAUGUGACCACAUGCCUAGAAGGUCUACAUCUGGUGCUUCUUCCUCUUCUUUUUUUUUUUUGAAGAUGCUUUUUUUUUUUGAAGAUGUUUCAACAAACUGGAUUUGCCUGUGAAGAAAACAGAGAACUUUGACUGCUACAAAGUACAAGCUCCAUCUUUUCAGACGCAACUUCACAGCAUUAGGAAUGUCCUUCUCCUUGAUGAGCAUGUCACAAAACUUAUUCAAAAGCUUCUUAUUUGAAUUUUUCAUUCCACCUUAAAUGGUGCAGCAGUAAAAUUCAAGCAAAAUAAGAAGGAAUGCUCAUCUUCUCACCUACUGUACAUGACAGUCAAAUGAGGAGGACCUGUCAAGGAGGGAACGGUAAUAAGCAGAGGUGGAAACACCCAGUGACUGCAUUUGUUUUACUAUACUUAACAAUAGUAUAGCAAAAGUAUACAUUUUGUAUCAAUUUGCAUUAGUAUUAUUAAUCAUGUGAUUAUUAGUAUUGAUAAUCAUGUCAAUUUGCAUUAGUAUUAAUAAUUACGUUAUAAUCAAUCAUUAUAACAAUCAUGUUAUAAAAAAUGACUGACUUUUCAUGUGUUAAAUAGGAAUUCGCAGAUUUUUCAAAAUGUCUGCAUAAUUGAGUCAUUAAGAUGUAAACAAUUCAGAGAAGUUUAGAUGGGUUUGAUUUAAAAUGCUCCAUUCUAGAUAAAUUUAAUGUAGCGUCCGGCUAGCGCCUCUAACGGAACAGCAGUGAGAGACUUAAACACGUACACAGUUGUUGUUGUUGUGGGUUUGGGGUGUGUGUGUGUAUAUAUAUAUAUAUAAUU